AUCCAAAUUCCAUUGGCCAACUACAUUUAAAUCUCCUCCCAAGUUCUCCGCCUCCCUCUCUCCGUCUCCCUACGCUUGCAGAAAUGGGAAACUCCGAGCUCUGGUGCACCCUGCUGCUCCUCCUCUCGAUCCAGGGCGAAGUCCUCUGCAAUGUUUACCAUGUCGGAGACCUGCACGCUUGGGGCAUCCCCACUUCUUCAAACCCACAAAUCUACACCAAAUGGUCCAAAUCCCACAACCUUAACAUCGGAGACUCCCUCUUUUUCUUGUACCCGCCGAGCGAAGACUCCGUGAUCCAGGUCACGUCGGAGUCCUACAACAGCUGCAACCUGAAAGAUCCCAUUCUCUACAUGAACAACGGCAACUCUCUCUUCAACAUCACCAAGCCCGGGGACUUCUACUUCACCAGCGGAGUUGAGGGCCACUGCGAGAAAUCGCAGAAACUUCACGUUUCUGUGUAUGGAAAUGGAUCGUAUGUUGCCGACUCGCCCGCCUACGCUCCAGCGGCUUCUGCGCCCUCUUAUCCCACUGUUUUCGGGUCCAUUCCGAUGCAGGCUGCUUCUGCUUCUGCGUCGCCAUUGACGAGAAUUCCGGUGUUCGUAUCUGCAGUGGCUGGAAUUUUUUGUAUCAUCGCUCUGAUUGUGGUGUAGAGGGAUGAAGGGAUUUGGAGGAGUAUUUUUGUAUAAUUCUGAGUUAUUUCUUUUCGUGUUCAACAAUUCUUGAUGUAUUUUUUUUUUUUUUGAAAUUCUAUAGAAAUGAAAUGAUUCUUUGAAAUAGAAUUGGAGAUUUGUCGCACGGGAUUCUUUCUUUCUUGCUCUGUAUGUAAUUUUUAUUUGUUUGAGUAAAUUGAGAGGAUCAUUUGGGUCUUUUACUUUUGUAAA